AGCGUUCGUGCCUUGUUCGGAUAAGCGUCUAUGUACAAGUGGGAACUGGAGUCGGCGCUUACUCUGUCACUGUCGCUGUCAUGACCGCUGCAGACGGCUGAGCGGCGCGAACUGCGGAAUCGCCGAAUAGGGGAAAAGGUGCAUUGGCCAACAGGCGUAUUAAUGCCAAUCCGGUUGCGAGUGCGAUAUGCCGGGACCAGUCGUUGUGCUCAACCCAUGAUAACCUCUCAACCCGGCCUACUGCAGCUGUGAUUGCCACGCCUCGCAGCCCUAGCUGUCACCGCUCCGUGCCGUGCGUGAUUAUCAAUUAAACCUAGCAUUCCAACAACUAACCCCAGCCAGUUUGCAAAAAGCAUUUGUAGCUUCGCUUCAUGAUCCUUGCCUUUAUCAAGUCUCUAUUCGCCACCAUGGCCGCGGCGCUGGUUCCCUGCGCGCCGGGCAGCAGCUUCGUAACGCUUUCGUUCUCGGACGUGGUGAUGCAACCGGUGCAGCAGCCGCAGGAGCAAGCGCAGCCGGUUCAGUCCAGCGCAAAUAAGCAGGAGCCGCAGCCGCAGCCGCAGCCGCAGCCGCAGCCCCCACCGCCCAAGCAGCUGACUGUGGACCGGGCGGUUCUGUGGCACGCCUCCACAGUGCUGCGUGCCAUGUUCGAAGACACCUGCAGCGGCGGCGGCGGCAGCGGUAAGGAUGGCUUUAGGAGCUUCGUUGCCGGCGGCAGUGGCCGCGGCGGCAGUUGCAAUGGCCCCGCGGCGGUGCAGCUGUCGGGGGACCGGCCAGAGGACUGGGAGGUGGCGCUGCGCCUGAUACAGGCUGAUGGAGGGGCACUUCAGCUGGUCACGUGGGAAAACGUGGCGCAGCUGUGCCGCCUGGCCGACAAGUACGACAUCGCCCACCUGCGCCAAGGCUGCGCCUUGUUCCUCAACACCAACGUCUUAACCCUUACGCUGACAGCGCCGCUGGCCUCGCCGCAGAACCUGCUGCACGCCGCCUCCCUCGUGGAGCGCUACCUGCACCAGGUGCCCCACAGCACCCAGGCCGUCCAGCGGCAGCUGCACGCUGCCCUCAGCCAUCUGACCCCCAGCCCAUAUUAUCAUAAGGUGGUGGACCUCUGGCCCAGCAAGGAUGCGGCGUCAGCACUACUGGUGGUUGAGCUGGCCGACUCGGCCGAGUACCGUGACAUCGUGACCUCAAACCUGCAGGAACGCAUUCAGGCGGCAAGGCUGGGCGCACUAACCACCGUGCUCAAGCGCUUCUGCCGCGCCUGAGUCAGCCAGCAGUCAUGGACACAGAGGGAUUGAAAGACGUGCUUUGAAAGGACAUGAAAUGCAUGCACCCAGUGAGCGCCGUCGGUUGGACCAGGUUGGACACACAGUGAGGCUUGCUGGUCGAGUAGCAGGUCGCGUACGUAGCAGGUCGUACUAGUAGCAGGUCGCCUCCGGUACGUUUGCGGUGCACGGCAUGGCUUCCGGCGCAGUUAACGUGCUUCCAUACCCUGCGCUGCUGGUGGUGUGCGCCUGUUUGGUGGUUCUAUGAGUGGCAGCCGGCGUGGACUGGCCGUGCAAGCCGCCGCGGCUUGACGAUCAACCCUUGCGUAUGCGCACGGGCACUCCCCAAUGUCUCGACUUCACGGCUUCGAACUCCAAGAGUACUCCUUGAAGUUCUGGCGCCCGGCAUCACUAGGCGCGACCAGAAUUCCAGAGCCUUGCUGAGCUCACCUGGGUGCCAGUGGGGGCCUCCGCGCGACGGGAGCCCAGCCGCCGGGGAUGGGGUUCGUGCGUGGUGCCACGGGGGAUGGAGUUUCAUGUGAGAAAGCCUUUUGUCAUUUGCAUU